CCUCUUUAGCUUCUGGGCCCCAGCGGAACCAGAAAACUGCCUGUCUGCUUGCUGCUUCUUUCUUGUGAAACUAAUGAGUCGAUUGAAGCAUUUUGUACUGGAGCUUUCUGGCCCCUGUGGACUGGGAGAGGGGCGGCGCGGCCUCGUGCUACCCGUGGCCGUGCACUUCAGGAGAGAAGCUAAAGAAAAAACGUCACUGUGCCUUUUUGUUUUAAUUUUUAAAAAAUUCCUCUUGAACAACACAGGUUCUCUCACGAAGCAUGAGCCGUCCCUCAGCAAGGGCGAAUGGCGAAGGAAGCUGACUCCAGAGCAGUUCUAUGUCACUCAAGAAAAAGGGACCGAACCACCUUUCAGUGGAGCCUAUCUGAAUAACAAGGAGUCAGGAAUGUAUCACUGUGUAUGCUGUGACAGCCCACUCUUCAGUUCCGACCACAAGUACUGCUCCGGCUCCGGGUGGCCUGCGUUUUCCGAGGCACACGGGGCGUCUGGCUCUGAUGAAAGGGACGCGAGCAUCCUGAGGCGUGUGGACACCUUAUUAGGAUUAACUCGCACCGAGGUUGUGUGCAAACAGUGCGAAGCCCACCUUGGCCAUGUGUUUCCUGACGGACCUGGGCCUAGUGGUCAGAGGUUUUGCAUCAACAGUGUGGCCCUGAAGUUCAAACCAAGGAGACACUGACCAUCUCCAAGAAUCCCUUUCUGUCACCACUGCUUCAUUUACACCCUCAAUUUUCAGUGUAUGUUGAAUGACUUGUUUUAUUUACUACCAAAGUAAGCUAAGUUUGUGCUGGCACCAAGCAAGUCCCCACUUCUGUAUCGGAUUUGCCUGGAAUCAACCCAACCCCAAUUCCAACGUGGAGGGUGGAAUUUCACAGAAUGGCAAAGGGGCAGCCAUUUCCAUCCAGUUGACUUCUGUAGGCUUUGCCUGUGACCAGAGGGCAUGACUCUUUGGGGACAGUAAGAAACUAAUGGACUACAAGCCAGAAAUUCCUACAAAACUACCCAGAACUUUCCAUUGCUCUAAGUCCUUUGUGGACAUAUGUAGGUGAUGGAUCAAGAGAAAAGAGGAAGGAAAUAUGGGAUUAGAGUAAUCUACAAUCCCAGCAUUGAAAGAAGUACCGAGGACUUGGACUGUGGCAGAGCCGCAUUUGGGGGGCAUACAUGGUGAUCAAUGGGAUGCGUGAUUCUUCUUCAAAAUUUUAGAAUGUCUUGAACAUUCUGAUUCAUCCUUUCUACCGGCAAAUAAGUUCCAAGGAGAGUUUGUUAGAUUUCAGUGAUAAUGAGUAAAAGUGGCUACAAAGUUAAGUUUAAACAUGUUCAAAUAAAAUAUUUAGUAAAAUUUUA